GUUCACUAUGGCAUCCCAUCAACUGCAUCGACUUUUGCUUUUGAUCCCAUUCAAGGCCUCUUGGCAGUAGGGACUCUGUACGUUCAAUGUCCAAGUAGAUGUUCGGUGCAUUUGUCUUUUGUUAUGCCGGGAUGGCAGGAUUAAAGUGAUUGGUGGUGGCAACAUUGAAGCUCUUCUUAUCUCUCCUACAGCUUUACCCUUUAAGUACCUAGAGUUCCUGCUAAACCAGGGUUUUCUAGUGAGUGUCUCCUAUGAAAAUGAAAUCCAGGUACGUGCUCUGUCUAACUUACUGUGUGCAAUUGUGCAUGUAUACUCUAGCUUAUCUUCUGGUAAAAUCCUUCUGUCUUCCCUGGCAAUCUUCACAAUUUUUAUAGUUACCAUUUGGAUAUUCAAGUUCCGAAAUCAGCUAUAGAUUCAUCUCCAUCUUAUGCCUGAUACUCGGUUAGAUUUUUCGUUUUCUAAUCAACCACCAUUUUCUUCUUUUAACUUAUAUCUGUAUGCAACUUUCUUAGGUAUGGGAUCUUGGGAUGAGGUGUAUAUCUUCUAAGAUAAAAUGGGAAUCCACUAUAACUGCAUUUUCUGUUAUCUCCGGAACCAAUUACAUAUAUCUUGGAGAUGAGUAUGGCUUCCUGUCAGUGCUAAAGUAUGAUGCUGAAGAAAAAAACAUUGCUCCAUUACCAUACCACAUUCCUCCAAAUCUGAUUGCUGAAGGAUCUGGGAUUACAUUGCCUGAUCAUCAGUCCAUUGUUGGCGUGCUCUCACAACCUUGUUUGUCUGGGAAUAGGGUUUUGAUUGCUUAUGAAAACGGUUCGAUUAUUCUGUGGGAUGUUACACAAGACAAAGCUGUCCGCGUUUUAGGCUAUGGAGAUCUGCAACUCAGAGGUGGUGCAGUUGUCAAUUUUUCCGACAGUGAGAGCCACACCCAUCUGAAUGAUUCUUUAGAUAAUGAAGAAACAGAGAAGGAAAUAAGCUCACUGUGUUGGGUGUCACCUGAUGGAUCCAUGUUAGCUGUUGGUUAUGUGGAUGGAGAUAUUUUAUUAUGGAACUUAUCAGCUUCUGACAGUGAUAAAGGUCAGAAUUCUCAGAAGUCACCUGAUGAUGUUGUUAAGAUACAACUGUCAUCAGGGGAUAAGAAACUUCCUGUCAUUGUUCUCCAUUGGUCAUCCAGCAAAGCUCAUAAUGGUUAUGGAGGUCAACUCUUUGCAUAUGGUGGAGUAGAUAUUGGAGCUGAAGAAGUAUUAACGAUCCUUGACCUCAACUGGUCUUCUGGGUUAUCAAGAUUGAAGUGCAUUGACCGUGUUGACCUCACCCUCCACGGAUCUUUUGCAGAUCUUCUUGUAAUAUCAAACAGUUAUAAGGCAGACCACAGUAGUGGCACGUCAUUUUUUGUUUUGACCAGUCCAGGGCAAUUGCAUUUUUAUGAAUAUGCUUCGCUGUCUAUGUUAAAGUCUGAGAGAGGAAAGAAUCAUUGUAAGGAAGCCUCACAGUAUAAUUCACUCAUACCCACUGUAGAACCAUAUAUGACUGUGGGUAAGCUUUAUAUGAUGGGUUCAGAGGGGAAUGUUCUUGGUUCACUCUCAAAGUUUUAUAAGGCAUUUUCCCCUACAAAGCAGCAUCCAGAUAAAAUGCUGACCGGUGGGAGUGCAAUGUGGCCUCUUAGAGGUGGUGUUACUUGUCAAAUUUCUACAAGCGAAUGCUAUACUGUUGAGAGAAUUUAUAUAGGAGGGUAUCAUGAUGGGUCUGUACGAAUCUGGGAUGCCAGUUUGCCUGUUCUGUCACUUGUUUCUGUUUUAGGAUCUGAGGUAAAGGGUAUUGAAGUUACUGGUGCUAACGCUCCAAUAUCAGCAUUGGAUUUGUAUCCUCCAAACUUAACCUUAGCUGUUGGCAACGAAUCUGGUUUGAUUUUCCUUUAUCAGCUACAAGGAGACUCUUAUCAAGCAACAAUUACCAUCGUAACUGAAACAAAACAUCAAGUUCACCAUUGCGUACCUCAAGAUGGAAAUUAUUGUUCUACCAUAUAUUCCAUCCUUAGUUCUCCUGUGUGUGCCUUAAGGUUUGCUACUUCUGGAGUCAGACUUGUUGCUGGAUUUGAAUGUGGACAGAUCGCAGUGCUUGACACCGGUUCAGCUUCAGUUAUAUUUGUUACAGACUGUAUAUCUAACUCAAACUCUCCUAUCACAUCUCUGUCUGUUGGAACAUGUCCAACUCGUCGUAACCUGGCUGACAAAUCUGACAAUGAAACUGAAAGUGCACCUGGUUCAGAGGUUGUGAUUGUCCUGACCAAAGAUGCUCAGAUGGUCUUGAUUGACUGUUCCACAGGCAAUAUGAUCAGUUCACAGCCAACGCAUCCAAAGGAAAAAUCUAUCGCAAUAAGCAUGCAUAUAUUAGACCAGCGUCAUCCUGGCGAAGAGUCCAAAAGUUCUGUCACAUACUCCCAGCAUAUCGAAGCUCAGAAUGAGGCUUCAGUAUCCAUUCAUAAGAAUCAGAGUGGUUUUCCAAAUGCUAAAGCAGUGGAGUCUAAUUUUGGUGACAAGAUGCUGGCAUCUCAAAUUCUACUUUGUUGUGAGGAAGCCUUCUACUUUUACACUUUAGAGUCUUUGAUUCAGGGGGAUAAUAACUAUUUCAACAAAAUAGAACAUGGAAAACAGUGUUCCUGGAGUACAGUCAUCAAGAGAGAUGCAGAAAGAUAUGGGCUGGUAGUAUUCUAUCAAAGUGGAGAAAUUGAACUAAGGUCUUUACCAGAUCUUAAACUGCUGGGUGAGAACUCAUUGAUGUCAAUACUAAGGUGGAACUUCAAGAACAAAAUGGAAAAGACAAUCAGUGCUUCUGAGGAAGGGCAGAUUACGCUGGUCAAUGGUUGUGAAUUUGCUCUUGUAUCUCUUAUCGCAUAUGCGGAUGAAUUCAGGAUUCGUAAGCCGCUGCCUUGCCUACACGAUGAAGUCCUUGCUGCAGCUGCCGAUGCUGAUGUUAACUACUUCCAAAAUCAAAAGAAGGAAGAGAGAGCUCUGCCUGGGUUUGUGAAUAAUCUGAUGAAGGGUUUGAAAGGUGAUAAAGAAGAGCAACUUAUGAAUAAUGCAAAAGGUCGUGAGAUGGUGAUUGCUCAUUUAGAAUCUAUAUUCUCACGGUUUCCAUUUUCUGAACCCUUUAGUUUUGAAGACUUGGAACUUCAAAUAGAUGACCUUGAUAUUGAAGAAGAGCCUGUUCCUUAUGUAGCAUCUUCACAAAAGAGCACCGGUGGCUCAAAAGGUGAAGAGCCUGUUCCUUAUGUAUCAUCUUCACAAAAGAGCACCGGUGGCUCAAAAGAUGAGGCAACUGAGCGGCAUAAAUUAUUCGAAGGUAGUUCCACCAACACUAAACCAACAGUACGUACAACUGAAGAAAUCAUUGCAAAAUAUAGGAACACGGGGGAUGCAGCAGGUGCAGCAUCACAAGCAAGGGAUAAACUUAUGGAACGCCGAGAGAAACUUGAGAAACUCAGCCUGCGCACGGAAGAGCUACAGAACGGUGCUCAGAACUUUGCGGAUAUGGCUAAUGAGCUUGCUAAGAAUAUGGAAAAACGUAAAUGGUGGAACAUCUGAUCGGAUAAUAUAUGGCAAUCUCGUUUGUGAAGCUACCUUUCUCUAUUUUUGCAGUCCAUUUUCGUUCUCAAGGCAUAACAAAUUAGUAGGUUGAUAGUAGCAUUUAUUUUUCUUUUAUGGGGAUCAAUUUUCCCACCUGGGAUCAAGACUACUUUGUAUGGGUAGAAAAAUAUUAUUUUAUUGGAGAAUUGUUUGUAUAUAAAGGAUUUGAAAUGACUAGGAUGUGGAGAAGAUUCUUUUUCUCGUUUA